UCAUUAAUGUGGAACAAUGAAGGAGAUUCUGCUCUAUAUUUUACUAGCAAUGACCGGCAAGGCUUAUACCUUAUUUCGUUCCAAAACCUAUGAAGCUCAUUUCAUAUCAUUAAACUCAUGGGGCGACGACCUUUGGGAUUUUAGCCAAAUUCGAUUUUUGGGACGAGAUCAUAGGGCCAAUGGUACUGUCCAAUUGAAGGAAGAUUUGUCAAAUGAACUUUAUUCAUUUUCCGGUGAAACUUACAUCGAUUCCUAUGGCGAUGGCGAGUAUAAACUUUUGCCAUUUUCGGCUCCCUUGCAACCGGUCUGCAAGUUCAUGGAAUCAUAUUGGAUCUACUUAGAUGCAUCUUUGAAGUACGAAAUCAACACGGACUUUCCCGCCAACACACGUCCAUGUCCUGUGCCAAAAGGGAUAUACUAUUUCAAGGAUGUGCUGAUCAAAACUGAUGAUUGGCCUACUGUAAUGCCACGUGGAUAUAUGAAGGCUGUGGGAAACUUCUUCAAGAGUGGUGAAGUUGUUAACACUCUUGAAAUUGUAGGCCAAAUUACGGAUAUAGCUUAGGUUAAACAAGGAAUAUAAUAAAUGUCUAAGAAAGGAAAGAAAGGAAAGUCUAAAAUUUUCCCUGUUGAUAUUGUAAGUUGAAAUCCCUCAUUUGUCAACGCAUUCUUAUCAAUAUUUUAGGAAACCCAUUAAGCUUAUGCCUUAAGUAGAAGAGAUUCCUUUUAUUGCAAUGAAUCCAAGAUUCAAUAAAUCCACUAUUGAA